GCCUGACUAUUUACAAGUUACAACAAGCCUGUAUAAUCUACACACAACAACUUUAUCAUUACCCUUUACCUUAUCUGACUUUGACUGAUCCAAAAGUUAGACAGAUUAUGCUCUAAUAUCACUACAAAAUGGCUCGUAAAGCGCUUGAGCGCCUACAUAUGCGAGGAAGUUCUCCCAGGUGUCGCACAAACGAAGCAGAGAUACCAAAUCCUUUGAGAGCAUGUGCUAGACUACUUUCGCAAGUUUCAGACAGCGGCAGUAAUGGUGACACCGGCAGUAAUAGUGAGAGUGAGAGUGACAGCGACAGCGACAGCGAUAAUGAAUAUCAAACCCCGAGACCAAAGCAGAAUAAGUUCUUCUGAAAGAGGCUUAUUCAAUUCGAUCAUGUGCGUCGUUGAUACUAUAAUCUGGUCCUCAAGAACUGUCCACAUAUCCCGAGAGCGGGGAGUAACGGUCGCUAUGAUAUUAUUUAGUGCUAGAGCAUGCUGAACAAUCUCAGCUAGAGAGCGGACGACUGUAGUAUGAUCUGAUUCAAGGUGGCGAAGCUUGAGUCCUUCCAAGGCUUGUUGGUAUUCAUUUCAUCAUCCUAGAGCUGAAUACCAGAUGGGCUUCGGUUUUGUUAGCCGACAGAACUCGGAAUCUCAUGUGUCCAAGGCAGACAAGAUCUCUCGGGAGAGCGCCUAAUCGGAAGAACCGUG